AUGGCUAAUGUGAAAAGCAGAAAAUUUCAAGUAUCGCACGAUGUCAUUGGAAAAAUGAGACACCGACAGUCGGACGCUAGAUGGCGUGCAGGGCUUGCCAACUGUUUCAGUCAGCUGAGAAGGACUGUGAAUGAUGAUCAAAAUGUAAACACUGAAAGAUUUGGGAAAAGAAAGGCGUCAAAAGCUGAAAUUCUAAAAGCAUCUAUUGACCAUGUACAGUUUUUAGAAAGCACUGUGGAGUUUCUGAUAAAAGAAAAAGCAAAACAUGAUGGAUAUAAUGAAAAAACCCUGCCCCACAUGUACACUUUGGAUUACUACAAAGAAAUAUUUUGUUUAGAAGAAGCCAAGGAAAAUAAUGGUGUUAAACAGGAAAAAUAUCUUCAAAGAACUGUUUCUUAUCCCAGAAAGAGACACGUGUGUGGUGAAGGUAAAGCUAAUACUUUGUCACUAGAUAAAAACAAGAUUCCUCGUACUAGUACGAAGUUGGAUUCCUUUGUUACUGUCUAUCCUACAGUAGAGCACAGUUACCAUAUCUCCAGUCAUGUUACAGAAACCAACAAAGAAGCAUGUGAAAGUAAGAAAAAUCAUACUUCUAGAAGGUCACGUACUAGCAGGAAAGAGAAUGUAACUCCUGAGAAAAUGACUUUGAGUGAGAAAAAAGAAAGCAUUUUUGAACAACAAAACUCCUUGGCAGACUAUGAUUAUGAUUUUGUUUGUAACAGAUUAUGGAAACAGGAACCUUUGCCAUCUCUUGUAACACCUGUUCUAUGUGCAAAAUCACAAAAGUCUGCUGGAUCCUGCCCAGUAGGUGUAACAACUGUUGAGGCAACUCCCUGCAGCUCUCUUAGUAAUUCCAGGAAACGUGGACGGGGAGGAAAAAGAAAUAGCUAUAUUGGAUCUCGUCGAAAAACUUUAUCAUCAGUUCGCAGAAACAUUUUGGAUAGCUUUGUCUCAGAUGACAGUGAUGAAAAAAAUUAUGUUAUGGCAUCAAAACUUGGUAAGAGCUCUCGUAGAAAGAAGUCUUUAAAGAAAUCACAACCUCAUGAAAAAGGGAAAAACCAGAAAUCUGAAAAAUCCAUAGGAAAGUCAAGUUCAAAAAAAAGUAUUAAAACCAACAUUGGUUCAAAGAAUGAACCAAUAACACCAGUUCGAGGAGUUUCUUUUCGUAGUCCUGGUAAUGGUUCUUCUGUCUACCAUUAUCAUCCUAUUACUCCUCCAAGGUUUAACCAAGACAGCAGUCUUGCUAAAGUGAGGUACAACAAGUUCCCAGUAAGAAGAUGUUUAAACAGCAGUCUAGAGGAUUGUUCUUCUAAAUCUCAAAGAAAUAUUGUUAUUGCACCUGAAAAGGAUGACAAAAAAAAUGUUUUUUCCUCUGUAUCAGUUGGACCAAUGGAAAAACAGGUAUCAAAAGUUUUAUCACCUUGGCUAUGUAGGAAACAUAUAGAAGAUUUGAGCAAUAAAGAGAAGCUAAGAGAUACAACAGAAGUGACCAAAUCUGUGAACUAUAAUGAUACGUUAGAGUUUGAAGGAUAUCAACUGUUCUACAAACGUGUGAAAAAACAUUUGGAGUUUAAGCUAUUAUCUGACAAUCAGGAUGAUAUAGCUGUUUCAGAGUUGAUUUCUCAGAUGUGGAACAAUUUAGAAGAGGACCAAAGAGCCACUAUUUCAUCAAUUGCUGCUGCUCAGAUUCAGAGUGGAAAUAGCCCAGAUCCAUCAGUCACAGGAAGAUGUUUGAAGGAUUUGCCUCUGUCACUAAAGCUAGAUAUUGAUGAAAAUGAAUUAAGUUCUGUAUUAAUCCAUGUAUCACAAAACAACCAUGACAAAUUAAACCAGUUCAUGGAAGAGGAGAGGGACUGCCGUAAUUCUCCAAUCAAAAAGACUUCUGGUGAUGAAAAAGACCUAGAUAUCUCACCUUUCUGUAUGGGCCUCUCACCAUGUGUGUGGGACAUGUCAUGGCUGCAGACGACUUUCAGUGUUUCAUCAAAUUCUUCGUCUUCUGAUAUCUGCAGUUCUUUGAUAUUGAUGGGGAGGAAUAUGUAAUGCUCAGGAUGGAUAGUUGUCUACUUAGUAAGAAUGGUAGCUUCAGAACAGUAGUAUAGGCCAUGAAUUCUGGGUUUCAUCCAGGUUCUUCUUGUUAGGAAGGCAAGUAGUGUUAGGUUUCCUUUAAAUAUUCUCCAUAUAAAUUGUACCACUCCAACAGUAUAAAGAUGGGCACUGUAGACUGUCAGCCUCCAGAAUGAGGAAG